AUGCCAGCAAAGGGCGACAAUGAAAACAAUAGCCCAGAAAUCAAGAAACCAAAGCCUCGACGUCUCUUUUCUUUCGACUCUAUCAAGUCGGCCGCUUCGUCUUCCUCACGCCGUUCGUCAACCGACAACGAUGUUCCGAGAGGAACUCGCCCGUUGAACCCUUUUGAUCUCUCCAACGUAGAGGAGAGGGACGACGAGAAAGAGGAUAAAAUAACCUCUAUCGAUGCGAAGAAGCAAGAGACUUAUUUUACCUCAGAGAGUGCAACUGCUGGCGUCUUAAGCCCUCCUCCAGGCUCGGAUCGCCCUCAUGCUCGAUUAGAGCCUGUUCGGCCAAUAUCGAUAGCACCAACCCGACCUUUUUCUCCCAACAACACACCUGCUACCCCUUCGCCGACCAGAGUGCGCUGGGAGAAUCUCAGACAGCAUGUUCUACCACCUUCACGCCCACUCACGCCCCCUCAAAGACCUCCUUCUGCCCAGUCUUCGGUCAGCUCUCUUCUGCAGCGAUCGACCACCCCGAAACCUUCACGACUUGGUAAAUUGGCAUUCAGGCAAGUCGUUGAGGGGGCACAAGGAAUAGUGGAUGAAACGCGCAAGUUCGGGGAGGAGAUUCUGCGAGCGUGCGCAAUUGCCCGUUAUUCCGAGCAACAAAGGUCUUCAAAGGAGAAAGAUGCAUCAACCACGACUCUUACAGGAGGUACUACGACUAUGUCUUCCGCUGCGGCUGCUGCAGUCAAGAGGAUGGACUACUUGCGCCGGCCCCAGUCAACGUCGUCGGUUGCACUCACAUCAGUGGCUGCUGGAAUAUCUGCUGCUCCGUCUCUUAGGUUCUUGUACCAAAUCCUCUUCUAUCAUGCAGGCCUUAUCGAAGAAGGUGCACAAAGAAUUUCAAGGCAUCUCCCACAUGAAUACCAAGUACUUUCCACCCUUCUAUGUCCUUUUCUCCUGCCCACGAAGUAUCCCGGCGAAAAGCUCCAAGAAGAGCAAAUCACAAGUGUGGAAGCAUUUGAACUCGUGUCGAAGAGUUGGAUACCGUGUGACGAAGCGGCAAAGGUUGAAAGAUGUUUAUGGUGCAUCAAGGCUGCUGCUGGUCUUGCACCUAGCCCCAUACGAACUCGAGUUCUAGCUUCGUUAUGGAAACUCCUUGUUUCAGGCGAUAGGAACAGAACUUUGUUAACAGUGGAAGGUUUCCAAUCCAUAUCAAGUGGUCUGUUAAUACUUUUGGCUGCCUUCUAUCGUCCACCCGCUGCCGUCAGCUCGUUUGCGUCCAUUCCUGCCAACUUCCAACAACCUCCCCACCCAGAUAUACACCUUGUUCAGGAUGUCAUCCAACAAUUUCUUUCUGGUUCCAUGGGCGAACUCGAAGAUGAUGCAGUAGAGGAAGAGUAUGGAGUAGAGUUUGGGAUACGAGACAGGCGUCAUCUUGGGGCUGUGCGGAGAGCCGUAUUCCUGGAGGCUCUGGUUAUUUGCAUGGAGAACGACCCGCCUGCGAGAGAGUGGCUUCUUCAGAAUGCUAUUGAGCAAUACUGGCCGAUGCCUUCUGACGACACCACGCUGACGACUUUACAAGCGUCAAUAUGCAUUCGUAGACUGAACACACUCUGUCGAUUGUUUACGAUCCUCCUCCAACAUUCGAUGCCUACACCCUCUUCUCCUGUAGCCUCUCCUGGCCUUCAAUCUCGGAUGUCAUCUUCCUCAUCCGAUUCCUCUUUGACUUUAGGCUCGCUCGAAUUCCAAGCUAGGGACUCGAAGUUGCCAACCUUGAUUGCGUCUAUCAUCCAAGCGAGGGUCAUCCCGGCAGCAGAAGCAUUGGGCAUAGAAAACGAGGCAGAUCCCAAUGCCGUCCUCAGUGCGCGACAACAAGUUGCGAGAAUUCUGUUGCAAAUACUUUGCUUGCGUCCAGGUUUCGCAAGCUCUCCCAAGGAGGAUGUAUUUGGGGGCAUCAACUCACAGGCUGUCGGAAACAAGGAAGAAACAACAGACGUGGUUAGAUGGGUAAUUAGGAUACUCUCGGGUUGGUACAGAGCGGGAAACUCGUUGCCUUGGAGAGAAGUUUUGGACAAGACGUUCCGGCAGGUAAUUACAGGAGAUUGGCGCACAUCAACGGCAAUUCUGCUCGCCUUGCUUGACCAUAUCCCUGAUGACCUCAAGAAGAAUGUUUUCGCCUCUAUAUUUCCCGCUCUCAACGAUCAACUAGUCCAAGAUCCUCCUCCGUACCCAUUCCCAGACCUGACCAUGCUCUUUACCUCGCUUUCUCGUCUCCUACCGCCCAUCUUCUUCAAACCUAUGUUUGCAUGUGCAGCUUCAGACAAGGAGGUCAUCGUCGUCAACCAUCUGUGCACCCUCCAGGUGCAUGCGAAAUACGUUAAGGACUACUGGAUUCGGGACGUCGAGAUGAUGUGCGUUGCGCUUCUCGGCGAAGCUGGUAGCACGCCGUCUGGAAAUAUGGAAGGACAGUGGGGCUCUGUUCGACUUGGCCAGCUAGUUCUGCUGGUGGAGUUGAUUGGCAAAGUACAGGAUGUCCGGCAUGAAAAGGAGGGAGCUGGAAACUCGUCGGAUGGCAAGUUCAUUGAGGUGAUCCGCUUCGUCACUGCGCUGGAAAGUCGAUUGUGGCAGACUAUUGACGUCAAGGAACGAAAAUUCCUACUACCACCAUCCCAUCGUAUGCUCUUCUGUAUGCUUUUCCGCGAGAUUCGAUUGUUGACGCGGUCCUCGAAACCGGCACCAUGGCUGCCGAGGACACUCCAGUGGUUCGAUGCAUAUUGCGCAGAUGAGCACGUCGGCGAUCUUGAGCAAGAAGUUACACUCUCCGUCGAACGUAUCCAAGGAUUGUAUAUGGCUGCCCAGGAAGGAGUUCAACAAAUCAACAAGCGACAUAUCUCAAUGCUACUUGCCCGCGCCUCCUCCAAAGUGAUUCCGACGGAAGGCGCCGAUCCCAAUCUGCUUGACCUAGCGGUCACUUUUGUUGAGCACCGCAAGUUGAUCGAUUCGUUGUCCAAGGGAUAUAUCUCCAGGACCAUGAAGCUAUUUGUAGCUUUGUCGACUUUAAUAUCAGUCCAAGACUAUCAGAACCUUGCUCCCUCACUUUGGCAGCACUCCUUGGUGGACAACAUGGAUCCAUCGUCAACUGCCUCUGCUUGCUUCCUUCUCAUGCAGUGUGCAGAGAAGGCGCCUCUGGAUUUGCAAGCCAUCAUUGAGGUAGACCUCCAGACAUCUGACGAUAUGAGCAGACUUGAAGCAGUGCGCAAAAUCAGCAUCCUCGUCAACUGGAGAUUCCAAAUAUCGUCUCAAAACUAUGUAACUGACCGUAACCACCGACCAUUUAAAUUAGCCCGGCCACCCUUACCCUUUAUCGCCGCUGAUAUGGGCACAAGCUUAUAUGUUCAUGCAGAGGAUCACAACGAAAGCCAAGAUAAAGACGAUGUGCCAUUGGAACUGAAGAAACGAUUAGCGGAACUUGGUUGGGCCGAAGAAAAUGCUGGAAUACCUGAUCCUCGACAAGAAUGGAUCAAGAUUCCUUUGUCGAUCUUACCUGCCAACCAAAUGGAUCGCCUGGAAGUCGGUUCCAACGACGCUCCUCUAUCGCCCAAUCCAACACCACAGCCAUCACCGCAGAAAGCACGUACUCAGCGAGAUCAGCAACAGUCAUCUCUUCAUCCAGUUGAUGAGGCCGUUGCUCUGCUCAGACGAAACUCGUCGUCGGGAGGUCCCGCGAACGGCGUCAAACGUCGAGCCAUUUUUGUUCCAUCUCUUACCCUUAUUUUUCCGCGUCUGGCAUCGCUGGUUUUCGACCCAAACUUCAUGGUCGCCUCUGCAGCUCGGACGACAGUUCUCGACCUUAUGCGAAACGACCCCGCUCUACUUGUCAGACCUGUCCUUGAUUUUUUAGUCGGAGAACAGAAGGACCUGAGAAUGGCAAUCUCGUCUUUCACAGCUUUCCUCCACAUCCGUCGGGUUCUGCCACCACCAUUGACACACUAUAUAUUCAACAAUUUGUCUGGAUUCUUAAAAGCUGCGACAAGAAAUGUCGAAAGUCAAGAUACUUUAGAUCAAUUCGGACAGGUUGCCCCUAUUUUGGCUGGUUUGGCGACUCAAGUUAGUGGAAUGACCAUUCGCGAGAUCCGUCGUUCCAAGAUCGAGCACUUUUUCAUUCCAACUGGCUCUCUGUGGUUUGCAGGUUCAGCUCCUAAAGGACCAAUGUUUCCGCGAAACAUCGGACCUUCUGGUAAUCCCUUCGAACCCGUCCCGCCUCGCCUUGUCUCUAUAACCAUGAUUCGAGUCUCCCAGAACCUGUUUUUUUUGUCAAUGUUGAAGCGCAACUAUCAAGACGUGCAGAUCAUACGAAAAAACAUGACUCGCCUUGUGCUACCAUCACUCGACGAUGAAGGCCUCAUCAAGAGUCUGGAGAUGAGCGACUUCGUCCCCAAGCAACAGACGCCGGAUCCUCGACCGCCUUUGAAGAAUCGAGUUGUCGAAGUCCUCUCCUCGAUGGUCGCCCGAAGCUACAUUCUCCUUGUCGCCCAGAUUUUCCGUUCUAUGCCACGGCACUUGAGCGACCGCCAUGAAUUAGCCAUUCUCACUGAGGGUUUGAAUCGUGCGUUGUUGGCACAUAGUGACGAUAUCACUAUCAUCAGCCAAGUACUCAUUGCCCUCAUGGUCGCAGGUACACGGUUUAGACGUUUAUUCAUGACAGGUGGUGGAUAUACUCUGUUCAUGCCGGCUCUGGUUAAGGUCUACACCGAGAAGCCGUUGCACCCGGGAAUCCGCUUAGCCAUCGAAUAUGCAGUCAGUCGGUUCUACGCUUUACACAAAGAGGCCUUCCUGUACCAAAGUGUCAGCACGAUUGGGCAACUUGCUAUGCUACCAGACAUCGAUCCCGAAUGGUUUUCCAAAGGCGUGUACGACUUGUUUACAUCUCUGAGGAAGGGAGCAACAACCUCAACGACGGAUAUGGCUGGAAUCCACGAUGUUAAUAAAGCCGAAGAACGCGAAGCCCUUAUUCUUAAUACCGCCGAUGAGACACCACAAACAUUCCUAUCAUCUAUGCGCCGGGUUGAAUCCCAGAAUGGUUUCCAGAUGGCCUUCCAAGUUCCAGAUCAAUACGAAACCCAUCGUUUGAGUAUGGACGAUUUCGUUCGGCUAUUUUUGACCGUCAUCGCUCACGAUCUCUCAAGAGCACGAGCACAAUACUUCUUGCGUCUCCUUCGUCUUCUUUCCCCACAUCUGUACAACGCCUCUGGUUCCACCAGGGCAGUCCUUGCCGAUGGCAUAGCUGCGCUUGGUCUCAUCAUCACGAAAACUUUCGCGAAACCCAAGGGUGGAGAGACCUUUACAAGGUCCUCAAACAUCGAAGAAGACGAAGCAUUCCUUUCUCCUGGGACAGGAGUCGAAGACGCUGCGAAGGAAAAGUCCAAAGUCCCGAGCGAUUCCAAAGCUGUAAGACUCGACUUUCUUCGACUUGUCCUAGCAUUUGGAAAAGCAGGCGGUCAAGUUUCGCUUCCCGUUGCCCGCCAGGGAAUGGAUGUUGUCAAGAGCCUUUUGAAAGACUGGAGCGAACUAAAUUUUGAUGUCCUAGCAUCAAUCCUCGGCGAUUUCAUCAGCAUGUUGCUCAAUCGAGAAGAGCCGCCAGUCCCAAAAGCUGUUGUUGCUUUUCUACAAGAACUAUCUCCUAUUCUCCAUGCAUACAUGGUCACGAUUGACUUUACUGAUGUUUUUGAAACUGUCCUCAACUUGUCAAAAAUGCCAAUGUACGCCAACGAUCUCGCCUUCUCAGAAGUUGUUGUGGGUGAGGUUUGUUCGGCUGGAUUGGCGGCAUGCGACCUGGCCGCUUCAGAGAAUCAGCUCAUCACUCUUCAAUAUCGACCUGUCCUUGUCUCCCUUUGUGCAGAAAGUAUCUUUCUGAAAGGUGUAGAUAUAAUCGGAGAACUCGAGAGGCGUCCGCCAACCUAUCAAUUCCUUGCCGGAGUCAUCCUUCCUCUCACCCUUGCGAUGAAAACGCAAGCCCAGAUUGUUGGUGACGGAAUGCGAACAGAAGAACACCGCAAGGCUUUGACCCAUGCUUGGGUCCGUUUACUCUUCUAUGCCAUGUCUGCGUGCCAGAAGAGCCGAAGGGACGAAGACGGAUCUCGAAAUGUCUUCCGUGGUAUAGGAGGCUCGUUCCGUUCUAAGAGCGAUAAAGGCAAGCAGGAAGGUGCCUUUUGGCGUUCUCAUCUACCUACCGUCAUGACCGCGCUUCAAGUCAUCAAAGUCAUCAUGGUCCGUGGGACGGAAAGUAUCACAUCCCUUCCACGACUUGGGGUUUGGGAGAGGCUCGCCAGCUUCUUCAAGACAAUGCUCUCCGAAGGGAGUGGGGAGUUCGCCUUGAAGGCAGAACCCAGCUCGAACACUACAACGCCCACUGGGUCCCCUCGCAGCAGCUCGCAGUUCGAAACGUCUAAUUCCAAUCCUGGUUUCAACCUUUUCGUCUCGACAUCAUCCGACCUCAACCGCCCAGGUUCUCCUUUCUCUCAGACAGGGACUGUCAAAGCAUUGUGUCGUCCACGUAUGAUCGACUACUCCCUGUGGUCUGUGCUUGAGUUUGUUUGCAGCUAUCGCAGCCCACUGCGGAUGCAGCUGAAGCUACUUGUGAUGGAGAAGGUUAUUGCCUUAGAUGAGCAACUUCAGCUGCAAGGAGGCAAACCCCUCGUCAGCGGUGGUCUUAGCCCAUACCCAACCUCACCCAGCAGUCGCCGCGUUUCAACAUCUAUCUUUUCCAAAGCCAGAGCGCGUGCAUCUGGGGCAACGGGCAUCUCUCCUGACUCUUCGCUCCGUUUAAUGCCCAGUCCAUCCAACCUCCUACCAUCUCCAUCGAUGCUUGAUAUUCCACCUAGGAGGGCAGGGUAUCAAAUAUCCCCCAUAUUGCCUCAAGAUCGGCCACUUGGAAUGCCAAAGAUUGUCCACCUUGGACCAACUUCUCCGUCUGCGUUUCUACCCAUCUCCUCCCCUAUCAUCGGCAGUGGUGGGGUCAGAAACAGCCGCAUAGGCGGUGCAUCUGUCGCCGAAAGCGACGCUACAUCGCGUGCACACGCCACGAAGAUAAAGUCGGUACGGCUCAUCCAGGAAACAUAUCGUCGGAUACGUUGUGUCCAGACGUUCAUGGGUUACGAUCUACUCCUUCCGAUACCCAGUGUCGGUAUAGCGAUCAAGGAAAAGGAUGGUAGUGGUGAGGCGACAUUGGAGUCUUGGACGAAGGCAGAGGCGCUCGCCGCGAUUGUCGCGGAGAUGAAGGAUCUUCUGGAGGAAUUCGAGGAAGGCCUUGGUACGGAGGACCUUGAAGACAGCGUCAUGGUCGAGGUUGAGCCACCAACACCACAAAGCCCCAACCGCUCAUUAGUCAUUGCAUGA